CGCUAUCAUUUACGCCCAUGAGCUACAUGCGAUUUAUGACCUCUUGCGGUUCCCGUUUCUUUUCUUCAUCACAGAGUGUUCUUAGGCUGAGGGGUUGCACUCGAAAUUAUUAUUGCAAAAUGAAACGAAUGUAUUAUGUUCAAUAUCAAAGCGGAUCAUUUUUGUUUUGAAUGCGUGGUGCGGAUGGAAACAGCGAACGGCUUGCAGGAAUGAAACAUAUCAUUGUGCCUUUUUUACGUUGCGUAAAGAAUUGCGUUGGAUUAGGUGCCGCCAGAGGGUUAAUGCUUGAUAACAGAAAGCCCCUAGAGACGAUCCUGUCAUCUUGCGCAACUUCAUGUAUGUCCUGAUCAUCGUCUGCACUUUCACUGUCUCUGCAUUCCUCCCUCUGCUGUGUUAAACCAAUCACAGCACAGACAGUAUUGCCAUGGACACGGAUUCUAUCCACUCUGGUUAUUCCCACCACUCCAAUAGGUCACGAGGGUCAAACAAACAGAGUGAACGCAGCAGCAGGGAUCGGCACAAAUCACAUAGCCGUGACAGCAGCAGCCGCUCGGACAAAAAUGUCACCAUCAGUGCAUCGUCAGCCCAGCCACAGCAGCCGGAUCAAGGCUCCGCCCCCACGGAUGCCCAGGAUGACAACUGGGGUGAGACCACCACAGCGGUCACUGGAACAUCAGACCACAGCUUGUCUCAAGAGGACUUGGCUGGCUUUGGGAAGGAGACGGAUGGUCCAGUAGAGAAAUUGAACUGUAUACGCUUUCUUCCUUUGGCCCUCACCCUCCUCCUGGGCCUGCUGGUCCUGGUCACCCCCCUGUCCUUCCUGGUGCUGCCCCAGGUUCUGUGGCCAGAGCGCCUUCAGGCUUGUGGUACUGCCUGUGAGGGCCUGUUUCUCUCUCUGGCUUUCAAGCUCCUCAUUCUCUUGCUGGCUGGCUGGGCACUGUUUGUGCGACCGACGCGAGCCUCCCUGCCCCGGAUAGCAGUGUUCCGCGCCCUGCUGGGGUUGCUCACGCUCCUCCUGCUGCUCUCCUAUUGGCUGUUCUUUGGAGUGCGCAUCUUGGACUCACAGGAAGAGAACUACCACGGCAUAGUGCAGUUUGCAGUAUCAUUGGUGGAUGCUCUGCUGUUUAUCCAUUACCUGGCAGUGGUUCUGCUGGAGAUCCGGCAUCUGCAGCCCUGCUUUUCGCUCUGUGUUGUACGCUCCACUGAUGGAGAGACUCACCAUUACAACCUGGGACAACUCAGCAUCCAGCGGGCAGCCCUGGUAAUUCUUGAACACUAUUAUAAGGAUUUCUCAGUUCACAACCCUGCCCUGCUGACGGCUGCUAAGUCCAGGGCAGCUAAACAUCUGGCUGGGCUGAAAGUCUAUAAUGUUGAUGAGUUUAAAGCCAAACUGAAAAGCUAUCUGUUCGAUUGUGCUGGAAGCGAUGCUGCAACAGCUCAGUCUCGAGCUAAAAUAGCAGCUGCCGCUCGACAGAGAGACACCAGCCACAAUGAGCUGUAUUACGAGGAAGCUGAGCAUGAUCGAAGAGUCCGAAAGCGCAAAGCACGGCUAGUGGUGGCCGUAGAGGAGGCGUUCACACAUGUUAGACGGCUGCAGGAGGAGGAGAAAAAGAAGCCGCCGGGAGAUGAGAUGGAUCCACGUGAGGCAGCACAGGCCAUCUUCCCAUCCAUGGCUCGAGCACUGCAGAAAUACCUGCGCACCACCCGCCAGCAGCACUGCCACAGCAUGGACAGCAUUCAGGCCCACCUGGCGUUCUGCAUUACAAACAACAUGACCCCAAAGGCAUUUCUGGAGAGCUAUCUGAUGGCUGGGCCCACGCUGCAGUACGGGAGAGAGUGCUGGCAGACCCGGCAGUGGACGCUGGUUAGCGAGGCGUCUGUCACCAGUCCCCUCCAUCAAGGCUCUGAGUUCCAGCUCAAAUCGUCUGACUUCAGCUUAGUGGUCACAAGUAAAGCUAUCCCUCACCUCAAACUCAGUGAGGAGUACGUCCACCCCAAGUCCCACAAGUUUGUACUACAGCUACAGUCCGAGACCUCCGUCUGAUGGAUUCAGUUGCUUUUGCCCAUAUGGUUUUCUACGCUUGUAAAUUUUGGACUAGUACUAUUUUGUUUUAAAUUCUUUUUCACUUUUUCACAGUUUAUAAUAUUGGAUGUAUUUUGAUACAAUAUUUGUUACUGCCAAGAACAGAAGAGGAAAAAAAUGUAUACCUGUAUUGUAUGUAUCCGAUUACCUAGUGCUGACUGGUUUGAUUGUGUGUUUGUGUUGCUUUGUAUGUUACUUUUUUGCAAAGAGUAAAUGCUAAUUAUAUGUACUCUGAUAAGGACCAGCCCGAGGCAUAAUGGAUAAAGUUUAGCUUUUUGCAAGUAGAUAUUGUUUAUCAUAUCUAUGUUUCUGAGGCAUGUAUGUUUUUUCAAUUGACUGAAACAUAAAUGAGCAUCAUGUUGGAAUUCCAUGAGAUUGUGGUAAGGUCGGAAACAUCAGUUAGGGAGUUGGAAUUGUCAAUGCCAUAAUAGUGGCAUGAAAGCCAAACAUACAAAAUCAUUUUCAGCCUGCUUGAUUUCAACAAUUGUUAUUUGUUUGGAUAAAACGGAUAAUAUAUUGAAGAAAACAGCCUUUCCUGUGUGAUGAAUAAAUUGUGAUUUGUAGUUUGCCUCUUUUAUUGUGUGGUAAUUAAAUUGUUAAUACGGUAUUUUUACAUUUAAUUUAUUUUUUAUCGUGCGUGAUGCAUCAUCGAUAAAGCAACAACUUGUGUUUAUAAAAUACAACCCCAUUAAUGCUGCCUAACACAUUUAUAAACAUUGCUCUUGACUGUGUUUUUGUCCAAGCUUGAAAUUUCUUUGCUUAUAUAGCAGAAAGAAAAAAAUAAACCUAUCAUGCCUUUUUUUCUACUACUCUAGUGAUGGUUUCCAAUAAGGAUUAUAUAUGAUUUCUUUUGUAUUUAAUGAUACGGGACAAUUAUGUUUUAUAUUAUUUCUACAUGUUAUAGCUGCUAAAGCAUAUAUUUUCCCAUUGUGUAUUGUCUGUUCUGUCCUAUCUGAUCAUUCAAACCCAUUUAAAACAGUUUGUCAGAAAUUAGUUAUGAUAAAGCACAACAAUCUAUGCCAUUACCCAUUACAAAUCAAAAAUCAGUUUGUUUCAAAUAUUUCUCAUCAGUGUUACAUUUUUUAAGGAGAAAUAUCGCAGAUUUAUUUUCCUGAUGAUCCUGGUUUUAUUAAAAGAGAUUCUACAGAACUUCUCUGUUCCUCUCAAACAACAGUAGAAGCAAAUUUUUUUCAUCUGAAAGUUUAAUAUAAAACAUAUUAACAAUUCUGAUCCUUUUCAUAGUGUCAUAUUUGUUGCAAAUCUCAGAAGUUUUGAAAUGUUCAAAUUAUCUUUAAAGAAGAGUCACAGAGUCAAUGCUUUGCCUCAUUGUGCCAAUGUAAAUCUAAGCCUUUAAAGGAGCCAGGAGAAAAAAUACUUUGGGCAAAAAUGUUUAAAACAAGUUUUCCCCUUUCAAAUAUACAUUUCUGUGUUUUGCUCUUUGGUGUAAUGAAUAGUGGCCUAAGACUUACAUCAAAUCAAAUCAAAUCCUCCAAAGUUCCUGAUUGUAAAACACUUCAUAUUGGACAAACAUGUUGGGUAUUUCUUACAUUAUAUGUUCAGCAAGAUAAUGUUUAUGAUUUGUGGUGGAUUCUUAGUUAUUCUCACUUUCAAACUGGAAUUUGUUGUUGUCUUUAGAGUUGUAACCUAUAUAUAUGUAUGUAUAUAUAAAUAUGGAAUAUUUCAUGUAUUAAAACUGUACUAUAUGUAUAUAUAUUUAUUUAUUUAUUAGUGUAUGUAGUUUACAAUAAUUUUUGUGUACACCUCUGCAUGUGUAUAUGUUUUAUUACUGUAAUCACCAUAAUUUCCGCUGUGGAUAUAAAAAUAUAAAACCUUUUUGGACAGUUGAA